UACUCUGCAACUCUCUCACGCUCUCUCCGAUACAAUGACGACCGCCAUGGGUCCUCCGCCGCCUCCGCCUCCGCCUCCACUCUCAGCAGACCCCGCCGACUCCGAAACCCUAGACAAUGUGUCGAUGGAGACCACCUCCCAUUCUUCAACCCAAAUGAAGCCCCCGAUGGGGCCUCCACCUCCCAAAAACCCUAGUCCACCUCCUCCUCCUCCUCCUCCCCAAAACCCUAACCCCAAUCCACCCUCUGCAUCCACCACCGACUCCGAAACCGCGCCGCCGGAGACAUCCAAGCACCAAUCCCAAGGCUUUGCCGUUCCUUAUUCGAUUCCUGAAUGGAGCGGAGCUCCAUGCCACCAGUUCCAGCUCGAGGUCCUCAAGGACGGCGCCAUUGUCGACCAAUUCAAUGUGUAUGAAAAAGGGGCUUACAUGUUCGGCCGGGUCGACCUCUGCGAUUUUGUUCUGGAGCACCCUACUAUUUCUCGGUUUCAUGCAGUGCUUCAGUUCAAGAGAAGUGGAGAUGCGUACAUCUAUGACCUUGGCAGUACUCAUGGUACUUUUGUUAACAAGAACCAGGUCAGUAAAAAGGUGUAUGUGGACUUGCAUGUUGGUGAUGUCAUUCGUUUUGGGCAUUCAUCUCGUCUAUACAUUUUCCAAGGACCGUCUGAGUUGAUGCCACCAGAAAAAGACUUGAAAGUUUUAAGAGAGUACAAGAUGCGUGAAGAUAUUUUAGAUCAGCAGGCAUCACUUCAACGAGCAAGACUUGAAGCUUCUCUUGCUGAUGGCAUCUCUUGGGGUAUGGGAGAGGAUGCCAUUAUAGAAGAAGCCGAGGAUGAUGGUGAGGAAGUAACUUGGCAAACAUACAAAGGACAGCUUACGGAAAAGCAGAUAAAAACCCGUGAUAAAAUAACUAAAAGAAUGGAAAAGAUUGCUCAUAUGAAGAAAGAGAUAGAUGCUAUUCGUGCUAAAGACAUCUCUCAAGGUGGAUUGACUCAAGGGCAACAAACUCAGAUCGCGCGAAAUGAACAAAGAACAGAACAGAUUCUGGAAGAGCUUGAAAAUUUGGAAGAGACACUGAAUGAGAGUAUUCGAGAAAGUUUAGGUGCACGUGUUGGGAAGCUAUCUCAUGGUAAGAAGAAAGGAGCAAUUGAAGAAGAAGAAGAACUUUUGAGUGAUGAUGAUGAAUUUUAUGAUCGGACAAAGAAGCCUUCUAGCAAAAAGGCUAGUGAAAACCCAUCAAUUGAAACCGCUGAUACUCUUCUUGAUAAGAGAGAUGCAAUCACAAAAGAAAUGGAGAACACGAAAGAGCUGCUUUCAAUUGAGAAAAACAGACUGGCAUCAGAAACUACAGAAGACACCGAUGCUGGGGACGCACUGGAUGCAUACAUGUCUGGGCUUUCAUCUAAGCUAGUGCUUGAUAAAACUGAGCAAUUGCAAAAGGAACUCUCAGAUCUCCAGUCCGAAUAUGACAGGGUAGUCUUCCUUUUGAAGAUUGCUGAUCCAACAGGUGAAGCAGCCAAGAAAAGGGAUUCAAAGGUGCUUCCUGAAAAUACUGAAACUUCUGCUGCUGCCAUCAAGAAGCAACAUCCACUUAAACCAAAGGAAACCUGUCCGCCUGAAAAUCCAGAAAGUGGCUCUAUAAAGAAAGAGGAAAGUACAGAUGUGACUGUUGCAUCUAGCAAGAAGCUGGAGUCAGGUGAGGUUCUCACUGAUGCAACUGAAGGAAAAAGUGUUGUGUAUACUGUUGCAAAGCCCCAGUGGCUUGGAGCUAUAGUGGACACGAAGAUGGUGGAGGGUCAUCAAGAGGCAGCAUCUACGAAUGAGCACGAGUCUGAAGUAUUUGUGGACUAUAAAGACAGAAAGAAGAUUUUGGAGAAUGAAGUUAACAUGGAAUCUGGGAUUGAAAAUGCUGCGCCUGGUUUGAUUAUAAGGAAACGAAAACAAGUUCAUGAAUCUGAAGCUAGUGAUGAUUCUCAUCAACUUUCGACAUCUUCCUCCACAGGAGCUGGACUCGUGGCAGAGGAUGCUGUAGCACUGUUGUUGAAGCAUAACAGAGGCUAUUAUGCAUCAGAUGAUGAUAAAUCCUCUGAAAGCCAAGAUACGUCACAAGGGAAACAACAGAGCAAGGGUAAAAAAAAGCCCCAAAAAAGAGUACUUGGUCCCGAGAGACCUUCAUUUCUUGAUAGUGAUUCUACUGAAACAUGGGUGCCUCCUGAAGGGCAAUCUGGUGAUGGGCGAACAUCCUUGAACGAUCGAUAUGGCUACUAAAUAUAAAUGCAAUUGAUCAAGUUGGAAGUGCUGUUAGGCCGCUUGCACAUCAAAUGAGUUUUAUUUUUACCACCCCGUAACCCAGUUUUAAAUUGUUAGACUCGAUUAUCAAAUGAUAAUAUAGAGGUCGAUAAUACCUGGUGAAACCCUCUUGGUGGGCACUGAUGUUUUCUUUAUUGUUUUUGUUUUUUGUUGGGAUGUACAACCUAGUGUAGAAAGAUGAAGACAGAGAGAUGCUCUGAAUUAUUGGUGUAAACUCACAUGUAAACAUGAUCCAGUAAGGUGUAUAUAAAAAUUGGUUUCAACUUUUUGCCAACUUAGUGAAA